AUGUCAUCUUCCAGUGCAUUCCUGUGGGUGUCUUUCUGUGAAUACAGCAAUACAAUUCAGCUGAACGACUAUGAAAACAAGAAUCAAGUCCAUUUCAAAGUUUUGGAUCGUCGAGGAGGUGCAUCCGAAAAGAUUCUGGGCCGUCUACCUGGACAGAUGCGUCACGAGGAAAUCAAGCAUGUUGUGAUUUAUAGUGGUCUCCCUGGCUUGCUAGUGAAAGAGUCCAAGGUAGCCACGAAACUCUUUCAAGAAAUUGCGUCUCUGGGGUCCCUCCGAUCGUUGUCCAUGGAUCUCCUGGAGCGAAUGCCACAUCAUGCGUUCUUCCUCCGCCAGCUUCAAGAGGCUACGGCGGCAAGACCAAAGAGGAGUGGAACAAGAUUUCCAAACUUUGGCACAUGCAUGGACACGUGCCUCCUGAAGGCAUGUCUCACUGCCUCCGAUAAGCUUACAAAGGACCAAAUUCCCUCGGGAGUAAAUCCGACUGUCGUGAAGGCCAUUUGUUCGUCCAAGCACUUGCUGUCGUUGGACUUGUCCAGCAAAGAAUCCUUCUUGGGCCACAAUUGCAUGCAACACUUGAUCGAAGCUUUGACUCCACCUCCAACCAACAACGGGCUUUUGGGAAAACGCAAGGGCCACGAUACUGGUACCGGUGUUGCUACACUGGCGCAACUGAAACAGCUCCGUUUGGCCAAUUUGGGACUCUCCCUCGACAGCCUCCGAGAGCUUUGUCAACGGUUUGAGCAACACUCUUGCAUUGCCGAGUUGCACCUGGAAAACAUUCGUGUACUAGUAUCCUGCGGAGAUGUCGAGGGGCUUUCCGAUGGGCACUUUUGGGAAAUGCUGUUGCGGUUGUUGCGGCAAAACGCCUCUUCUCUUCUGCAAGGGGUAACCUUUUCCCUCCGGUAUCAAAACUACAACCGGAUCAUGCGAACCCAAGAAACGCACUCGCUCCACAUAGGACCCCCCUCGAAUAUCCAGCAGCAAAUCUACGAUAUCUUGCACCGCAAGAAUGCCACAGUGGGGACUUUGAACGUUGGCGUCAUGGUGCAUCCAGGAAUCCAGGUACUCCUCGACCUGAACCGAUUUGGAUUGGGAAGUUUGUGGGGCCAAAAGGCUUUUCCAACGAUCGAGAAGACUUUCAGGGGGCAAUGGAAGCGUUUGCACUCCAGGUAAAGGCAGAACGGUCCAAGGUGACAAAACCAGCAAAUCAGCAGGAAUUCGAGGUGCGAUUGGUCAGUGCAUUGUUCUCCCUCUUUCAACACGAGCCUAGCUUGGUUGGAUACUUUUUGUGAGACUACCGUACAAGUAAGUGCCGAACAACCGUGUUGUGUGCAUCUGCCUGGUGUUGAGGCUCGUCUCUUCCAUCAUGCCACACACACAUACCAGAAUCGCACGGACCAGUGGGUGCCAAUCGAAUCCAGCCCAGUGCGGUACAGUACCGGUAGGGGUACCGUAGCCGUAGGGGAUAAACAACCUAUAGGAAUACAUGUUGCGUAGCUC